UUUUCUUCCCACCGCGGCUCCUCCUUGUCCCCUGGUCGUUGACCUCGCAGGCAGAGAGUGGAGAUGGCAGCCUGCAGGUGUCUUCAGGUAUGAAUGGGUUACACAACUCCGUCAGUGUCACCGACGGUGAGAAACCGGGGAGGAGCAGCGAGACUUUCACAGUUACCCCUCGCUGGGAGGGAAGUAUGAACCCCAGGGAGUGUAGAGCCAGGGAAACAACAGGAGAGGGAAGAAGAAGACUGGCGACCGGCGAGGAAGAGAAGAGUGGAAGAGACAGCGAGACUACACCAGGAGGAGGGGGGUGGGGGGCACACAGGUGAGUCAGCAAGGUAAAAGCAGGAACAGACAGGUGAGAAUAACAUCAUCGACACACCACAAGACCGUACACCAGAGACAUCAAGCCAGGAACCAGGAUGUGGAUUUCAUUCUAAAUAACACAAGACGCUGAGAAUAUUAGACUGCUAUAAUGGUCGCCUGGUACAAUGCCUCUGACUGGUGAAAGGUGACACUGUUUCCAGGAGACAUCACCGAGACCUUCCUAUGAGAGCACUUUUCACACCAGGUAAGGGGACACCUGCCACGGACAACAACUUUCUCCGGAGACGUAAGACGACGUUUGUCGCCGGCACUGGUGCUGCGGACGCCGCAAAAAGGAAUACUGCGCAAUUUAAACCCACUAAUGGCGACUCAUUGGUGAUGACAUCCUUUCCGCAUCUGCGAAGUGCCCGGAGUUACUGCUGCGGAGGUCCCCGAACGCCGAAGCCACGCUGCACCAACGGGCUUACCGGAAGCGGGCGGCCAAGAUGUGGGGUCGCCCGCUGCCCGUGAAAAUGCUAAAAAAGCACUUUUGGCUGUUACUCCUCUUCUCCAUUCUCCUCCUGGGGAUCCUGACGGUUUUCCUUCAGCUGGCGACGUAUUCUGACGGGAACCCGAUGAACCGCAGAUACAGCAGUUGGAGUGAGCUAGGCAAAGCUCUGGCGCACAACAAUAUCGCCCCCGUAGACCCGAAACUGGAGUUCUACAGACCGGAGAGACAACCGGAAGCGUUCUCUGGCCGUGUCAACCUCCAUGUCUUCGAGGAUUGGUGUGGGAGCAGCAUCCAGCAGCUCCGUCGCAAUCUGCACUUCCCUCUGUUCCCCCAUAUCCGCACUACAGUCAGUAAGCUGGCAAUCACACCCCAGUGGACCAACUAUGGGCUGCGCAUGUUCGGAUACCUCCAUCCCAGUGCAGAUGGUGACGUCCAGUUCGCAGUGUCUUCAGAUGACAACUCCGAGUUUUGGCUCAGCGACGACCAGUCAGUGGGGAAGCUGAAACUUCUGUGCAGAGUGGGACCGGCAGGUACGCACUGGAGUGCCCCAGGAGAGUUUGGGAAAUUCCAUGGUCAGAUCUCCAGACCGGUCAGGUUGUCGGCCUCUAAGAGGUAUUAUUUUGAGCUGUUACACAAGCAGGAUGACCGAGGCACAGACCACGUGGAGCUGGCGUGGCGGCCAGCUGUACCCGGCUCCCACUUCUCGCUUAUAGACUCCCAGUUCCUGUCUCUCUUCUCCGAUGAGUCUAACCUCCCCCUGGGCAACACGUCACAAAUACCUCUGAGCAAAGCAAGUUACUACAGCCCUGGGUUGGAGAAGCACCCCGCAGAUAUUCUCAAAGCUGAUCCUAGAGACCAUUUCUAUAAAGUCCCUCUCUUGCCUAUGAACAGACUGCACAGUGUCCUGCCCAGUUGCCCAUACAAGCCCAGCUACCUGGUGGAAGGAUACCCUCUAGAGCGCUACCAGGGACUGCAGUUUGUCCGCCUCACAUACGUGUUUCCGAACGAUUACACGCGACUCAGCCACAUGGAAAAGGACAAUCCAUGUAUUUACCAGGAGCACUUGCAGUACAGUAACAGGUUGAGAUUCAUCAAAUACAUGAAAAUAGAUCAGCCGGAGAUCAGACCGGAGGAUCGUCCAGGUUGGCCAGAUGACUACAACCCAUCCGAUUUCCAGUAUGAAGACACAGAGGAUCAGUUUGAGGACAGAGAAGACCAAGAGGUUGAAGAUCUCGGUGAAGAUGAAAUCUUAAAAAAACGGAAACUUUUUCUUGUUGUAGAGGCUGAGGAAGAUGAGCUACCAGGUCCUGGGAUUGGUGCACCUCAGGAAAGAGGUCAUCCGCAGGAACCCGUUCAGAACUUAGAUGUACGUCCUGUUACCAACAAUCUUAAACUGGAUAGUCCAGAACCAAACAUUUUCUAUCACAGAGUCAUACGAAAGAAACAAAUGACCCCUGCACCCCGUGCCUCUAGAUCCCGGAAGCGGAAACGCGCCAACCUACAAAACCAAGACUACAUUACCCAUGACCACAGUAAGAUUGAGACUCAGAAUCAGAAAAACAUGUCAGAUGGACAUAAGAGAGACUGGAAGAAAAGGAAUAAAGAAAGACAAAAUCAAGAUGGUACAGAACUGAAGAGGACCUACUUGAAGAAAAGGCUGCGGCAUGGCGGCAGAGAACAAAUAUCGCCAACUUUAGGUGAUGGGGCUCUGCAAACACCAAACUUGGGCAUGCCAAAAAGUAAGCAAUCAUUGCUAGGAGACAACAGCAAGCAGGACCACCAAAUAAUUGAUCAUGAGAAGGAAGAAUUGCACAAAAUUGUUACCAAAGGGCGAGAUUUAAAGUCCAAUACACUGGUACCAAAUUUAGGUUGGAUGAGACCAAAAGAGUCUACGUAUAGAGGAAUGGUACAACAAAGAUCUACUAUAGCUGGAGGGGUGAAACCAGAGCCUGAUCUCCAUGAUGGGUGGAGGGACCAAGACCGAAAGAAAAUGCUCAACAGGAGAAAUAUUCCAAAGACUUAUGAAGAUGAAGAAGGGAAACCUGGUCAUGAUAAGAUGCCGGGACCAAAUUUAAAUCAUACAAGGAUGCCGACUUCUGAACAAGAUUUGAUGCAUGGUGGUAAUACAGCACAGGGUUAUAAAAGUAGCUAUGCAGCUGUUAAAACGCUCAGGCUUGGUGAGGAGGACAGGGAGGAACAUCUGGGAGUUAAGAGGAAUAAACCAGGCCUUGAGUCUAGUCAGGGUAAAACACCUGUGGUUGAACAUCCUGGAAAGAAGACAGAAACCCCUCUAGUGGGUCAAGGUAGAAUGCUGGGUUUUGAACAAGGUGAAGGGCAAAGCCAAGACGUUGAACCAGCUGAGGGAAGAAGACGGAGAAUUGAGCAAGGCAAAGAACAAAGAAAAGUUAUUAACCAAGAUCAGAGAAGAAAACAGAGAUUUGAACAAGAACUGAGGGGUAACCACAUAGAGCAGGAUGCGACUGAAGAAGAUGUCAGACCACAAUAUACAGUGAGAAGGCAAAGUUCUGAGCUAGGUGAUGGUGAAAGGCUAGAACCCGCAGGGAAAGAAAACCGAAGAUUGCAACUUCCCGACCCAAACUCUGAUAGUCUGGCUGGAGAGAAUCAAGAUCGUAUAGUAGAAAACCCUCAGGAGGAGGAUGGGGAACACCAAUAUCAAGAAAAUGACCCUGAGGAGGAGGGUGAAGAGGAGAUCGACUACCCAUUUCUUGUAGAGCAGCCUGUUUUAUGGAACCGAACUUUCCACGUGGGGCAGACAGAUUUCCAGGUUCUGCGGUCGGACUACAUUGAUCUCCAGUGUAACACGUCGGGGAAUCUCCAGCUCAAAGAAAACGAGGCAAUGAUCAUAGUCCGUUCUUUUAUGAGGAAACUCAACCAGUGGCACAAGGGAAUGUACCAGCUCCAGAGGGUUAUUAGUGUGGAGAAACACCUGGACUACAUGCGCGGCAGCCGCUACUUCCUACAGCUGGAGCUCAGAGACAGGUCCAAGCGUAUGGUCCGAUUCGCCCAGCACGUCUUUGCCCCGGGCUGGACAGGAAUGACCCAGGAAGACCGGGAGCAGGAGAGGGACAUGAGGAAUAAGAUGUGGGGGCCACAGCGGCAGCUGAUGGAGAGUGAGAGGCAGCUGGAGCUGUGCUGGCCCACCGGGCUCGCCUGGAACCCACAGGCCACCGUGUAUUUUAUUGUGCCAGUGAAGAACCAGGCUCGGUGGGUGCAGAAGUUCAUCUGGGACAUGGAGUCCCUACACCAGGCGACGCUGGACUCCUACUUCUGUGUCAUCAUUGUGGAUUUCAGCAGCACAGACCUGGACGUGGGCGCUGCCCUGAAACAGUCGCGUCUGCCCAGAUACCAAUUUGCUAAACUGGAGGGAAACUUUGAGCGGUCUGCAGGACUUCAGGUUGGGAUAAACCUGGUAAAGAACCCGCACAGCAUCCUCUUCCUGUGUGACCUUCACAUGCAUUUCCCCCCAUCCAUCAUUGACUCUCUGCGAUCCCACACCGUGGAGGGGAAGAUGGUGUACGCCCCUAUGGUGAUGAGACUCAACUGCGGAGCGUCUGCGCUGUGGCCCGAGGGGUAUUGGGAGGUGAACGGAUUUGGGCUGCUGGGAAUUUACAAGUCGGACCUGGACCGUAUUGGUGGGAUGAACACGGAUGAAUUUCGUGACCGCUGGGGAGGAGAAGACUGGGAGCUGUUGGACAGGAUCCUUCAUGCCGGGCUGGAGGUGGAGCGCUUGGCGGUCCGUAACUUCUACCACCACUAUCACUCCAAACGCGGCAUGUGGAACCGUCGUCAGGCUCCAAGCGGCCGGUAGGACGUCUGCAGAACAGCUGACCUGGGAGGAGGAUCUCUGCAAGUAGCGGCCUCCAUGCGUCACUCAGCUCUGAGACAAGAACGUCCAUGGUGGUCGGACGCCUAUCCGCUGCGGCUAACACGAUACCGCUCACUUCAUGUGUUUCUACCAGAUUAGUUUGCACUAGGAGUACAACUCCAAACAUGUACGGUGGCAUUGCCGCUGUCUCUGGUAAAUAGACACGUAGCCGCAACCGUAGAUUGCGACAGACUGAACGCCAGCCGGGGUGGGUGGGAAAGAUACAGCUGGUCUGACUCUGGAUCUGAAGGAGGGACAUACAAUGGGUGUUUGGGAGUAGGAGGAAGCGCCUUGAUGUUUGAUACGGUCUUACUGUGUUUUAUUUAUUUAAAUAAAAAAUACUUUAUAACGGAACAGGAGCACGCACUCCGCCUGUGUGCGCAUAACGUUGUGGGGGAGGGGGGGUUUGCUUCUGAGUCAGUAUAUAGAGUAAUAGUAAUAUAAUCUAGUAUGUAGGUAUUAUGAAAGAUUAUCACCCUGUCCCGUAUAAUGGAGAUAUCCAUCAUGGUCCCUCAUUUAUCAAUUAAAAAGCAAUAUCUAUUAGGACGGUGAAAUCGGGGGGAAGUUAUCAAGCUGUGAGAACAUUUGACAGCUGCGAUAGCACGAUUUAGUUACCGAGCCUGCUCCGUGGUGUCUCCCCAAUGGUAAAUGCCAUUACAAAUCCCUGCAAUAUUUGGGUAUCUGGGUACGAUUCUCUGUACCAGUAUACAGGGUCAGCUGGGGUCAUACCUCCCAACAUUUGGACAUCUAAAAUCAGGACAAAACUAAGCCCCACCCCUAACCCAACCAAAGCCCCACCCUGAAAUGCUCCAGCUCUUUUCAUGUCCACAACUCUGGUCAGCUGGGAGGUAUAUUGGGGGUAAUUCAGACCUGAUCUAGGCUGCGUUUUCUCACAUCCUGCGAUCAGGUCUGCACUGCGUAUGCACCGCAAUGCGCAGGCGCGGCGGACCGCAGCAACGGAGAUCGCCGGGCAGCGACGGGAUGGUGCGAAAAUAACGAACGCACCGGCGGUCGCAAAGAGAUUGACAGGAAGAGGGCGUUUGUGGGUGGCAACUGACCGUUUUCAAGGAGUGUUUGGGAAAAUGCAGGAGGGACCAGGCGCUUGCAGGGAGAGUUUCUGACGUCAGCUCCGACCCCGAUCAUCGCAGCGGCUGAGUAAGUCCCGGGCUGAGCAGAAACUGCACAAACUAAUGUGUGUGCAGUUCUGCUACACAUGCGAUCGCACACCUGCACAUAGCACAUACCCUCCCACUGUAAGCGGCGACUACCUGAUCGCAGGGAUGCAAAAAACGCAGCCUAGCAAUCAGGUCUGAAUUAGGCUCAUAGUCUGCUAUAUAUAAAUAUAUAGGAUCCUAUACCUAAUGCUGGAAACAGGGCCGUAACUACGUGUGUGCCAAGGGGGCUUGGCACACAGCGCAGUUGCCCUGAGGGCGCAACGGCCAGCGGCAUGUAAUGAGUCAAAUUGACUCAUUACAUGCCGCCGAAGUCUGCGCUGUGCGCCCCGCUGUGUAGGGAGAAG